AUGUCGAGUGCUUUCACUGGUGCCUAUAACUCUCCAUACAACCAAAACCUUGGUUCUUUUCGGUUUGAACCGACCUCUUCAUACCUUUCUUCUAAUGAACAACUUGCGUCUUCCUCCUCGGCUGCGCCAGCGUCCACCUGGCAUCGGGUUGUUCACCCAGCAGCCAACGCUAUUGAAACAAAGUCUACUCAGAAACCAAAGAUUAUCAAACAUACACCGGAAGAACUAGAACACAUGAAUGAGACUUUAAAUCGGUUUCGAAAUCGCCUCCUCCAGGAUCAAGCUCAUGUCACCCGCCCUGAUGUGGACUCACCGUUCAUUGACGAAGUGGAUAUAAUUAACCGUUUACUUCCGUACCAUUUAUUUCAACAUCCCAAGGAUGACCUAGACGUUGUGAUUGAUCGUAAAGGGAAGGAGAAAGCUCACAAUUUGAACUGGAUGGACGAAAUACAGGAGACUAAACUAGCAUUGGAAUGUGCCAAGAGAUGUGAAGCUAUUCGAGAUCGCUGGCGCAAGCUCAAAAUUCGCUCUGGUCAGCGGUCAUCACCCGAUGACCAAUCUUAUUAUCUUGCCCAAGUUAUUUUGGACGCCGAAAGGGCAGAAAACGCAUGGUUAGGAAACGAAUUGCGUUCAGCAAGAACCGAAGCUGAGCGGAUAGAAAGAGAAAAACGGGCCAAUAACAACAUGACACGCAUGUCGCAUUUCAGUGCGACGCCACAGACGCCUAUGCCAGCCGUGCAGGCGCAAUAUUACCGUGGAUACCCUUACGCAUACACCCAGGCGUAUGGUAGCAGUGCAACACCUCCAACUGUUUCUACAUUUUCUGUCGCGGGCCCCACUCCAUCAAAUUACACUCCAUCGCAGGCAAGUGCUGCUAUUCCGGUUCAAUUACCUGUGGCAUCCCUACCGGCCCUCCAUGCAUUAGGCAUAGUACCAGUCCCGGCUGCGUCCUUGCCACCUGAAGGCCAUCAUCAAACCCCUGCUGUAUUGCGAGGGUCUACGGCCAACGGUACAAUAUUAAGCCUCGAGAUCAACGUGUCAUUACUACAAAGUACUCAGAUGAGUGGAUUGGCUAUGGUCUUGAAUUCUUUAGUUACACGGAACAACGCUGCAAAUUCGGCCCGUAGUGGUAGUCCAAGCGCCUCAAAUCAAGUGGAUUCUGCAAAUUUAAUGUCGAAGUAG